AUGGAGGAGAUGGUUGCUAUGUUCUUACAUAUUUUAGCCCAUGACGUUAAGAAUCGGAUAGUUCAAAGAGAAUUUGUACAGUCUAGUGAGACUAAUUGUCUGGGUGCAUUAGAUGGUACGUACAUCAAGGUAAAUUUCAGUGCAACUGGUCACCCAAGGUAUAGGACGAGGAAAGGUGAAAUUGCAACAAAUGUAUUCGAUGUGUGUGACACAAAUGGCAACUUUGUGUUCGUCUUAUCAGGGUGGGAAGGAUUCACAGCUGAUUCUCGAGUUUCUAGAGAUGUAAUAUCACGACCUAACGGGCUGAAGGUUCCAAAGGGGUAUUAUUAUCUAUGUGAUGUCGGAUACCCAAAUGCGGAGGGUUUUUUGGCUCCAUAUAAAGGCGAAAGAUAUCAUCUUUCAGAGUGGCGUGGAGGAGGUAAUGCACCAACAGCUCCACGAGAAUUUUUUAACAUGAAACAUUCUUCUGCAUGGAAUGUCAUCGAGAGAACAUUGGGGUUGUUGAAGGGUAGAUGGGCAAUCUUGCGAGGACAAUCAUACUACCCAGUACAAAUCCAAUGUCGAACCAUCAUGGCGUGUUGCCUUCUGCACAAUUUUAUCAAUAGGGAGAUGACUAACAGUGAACUGAUCGAGGAUUUAGAUGAGGUGGAUUCAAGCUUUGCUACAACUAGGGGGAAUGAGAUAAAUUAUAUUGAGAGUUCAAAUGAAUGGACCCAAUGGAGGAAUAAACUGGCGCAAUAG